AUCGUCGACUGCACCAACCGGGGUCUUACUAGCAUAUCGUCUGAACAGUUCCCAGAAAACACGACAGUUCUCUAUUUAGAUCAAAAUAACCUACAAGAGAUACCAAGUUCUAGUUUUAGUCACUUGAUGUCGCUACGUCAUCUGAGCAUAUCCAACAAUCAAAUCAAGACACUAGAGACCGAUUCAUUUGGGGGACUUCAAAAUUUGAGAUACCUGGGACUAGAAAUGAAUGAUCUAAAAUAUACGUAUGAGAGUUUGCCUGAAAAUAUUUUCACGCCCCUCGAAAACCUCGAAGAGUUACGAUUAUUGCAGGACAAGCCAUUUGAAAAAGGAGGAUAUCCUGAUAAUUUUCUGGGUUCUCUUCGGAGACUUCAAACAUUAACUAUCGAUACCGUGGGGGACACGCUUAAUUUCGGACAUGAAUUCACCAACUUAACCAGGCUACGUUCAUUGACAAUCACGGGAAAUGCUCUUUACAUCAAUGCCAACAGCUUUGAGAAUGUAGCCGCAAUUAAAGAACUCAAUGUGUUUUACUUGAGCCAAAUUAUCCACGUUAGCAUAAACGCAUUUCAACCGUUGGUAAAUCUGGAGUCUUUGACUCUAAGUUACAUGGAAAUCGGUCUUAACAACACGCUGUCGCUUCUUCACCCGUUCGUGGGUAGAAAUAUGACAAAGAUUUUACUGGAUAAAAUAGGUUUAAGCGUCAGCCAGCAGGACAAAACUAUAAUCUCCCACGACGGAAGCCUCACUGCACACAACACCAAGCAUCUGAUGGGCAUCUGUGUCAAGAGUUUUACACUGAUCGACAGCAACAUUUAUGUUGUAGAAAGCUCAGCGUUUGAGAAUUCUACUCUUUGGGACUCGUGUUUAGAGAGUAUAGAUCUAUCGUACAAUCCACUG